CGCGCUUUUUCCGUUUACCCCGACCGCCACACCCCUUACAAGGGGAGGGGUUUAAGCCCCGAGGCGUCGCCAGGAGAGGAGGGGGAGGGGGACGAGGAGAUGGGAGAGAGUGACAGUGACAAAGUGAAAAAUUUGUUGGGAGUCCGAGAGAAUAGCAGGACAGCGCCCAUGCUGAAAUAGGAUAGGCCUAACUUUUUAUCCUCACAUCGAAACAUCGGACUCUCGUGCUCCAGUCGGAAUAGCGGCGAUUGAAACAUCGGGUCCUAUGGACAUGUACGUAACAACAGCAACUUGACGUGUCCUAGGAUCUGUGGAAGCCACCCCACCGUGCUAAGUCCUCCCAGCAUGCAGUAGGGGCAGUCCACCUUAACUCCACAGUUCACAGCAUUGCCCUCUAAAGAACCAGGAUGUUUACAGGUUCUACCAAGAACCCAACCCCUAAAAUACCUCAGCCUGAGCGGCUGGACGAGGUGUACUCUGCACUGAGGAGAGGCCUACAGUCAUUCCUGCAGGUCCACCAGCUGGAGCUGGACAGCCUGGGGCAGCAGAUCAGAGAGAGCAAGAGAAAUGGCCGUCUGGGGUCUCUGUAUGAGUUGGAUAAGCAAGUGAAGGCCAUAGAGAGAUUUAUGCGUCGGUUAGAGUUCCACCUCAGCAAGGUAGAGGAGCUGUACGAUGCUUACUGUAUGCAGCGGCGGCUGCGGGAUGGGGCCAGCAAGAUGGUGGCAGCCUUUAACUCUGCCACAGGGAGCAAGGAGGCACGGGAGAGCCUGAAUGAGGCCAACAGGGGCUACAGGGAGUACACUGAGCACAUGUGUUCCCUGGAGAGUGAACUGGAGAACCAGAUGGGAGAGUUUCACAUCAAGAUGAAAGGUCUGGUUGGCUAUGCACGGUUGUGUGCAGGAGACCAAUAUGAGGUCCUGAUGCGUUAUGGGCGUCAGCGCUGGCGGAUGAAAGGUCGUGUGGAGGUCAGCAGUAAACAGGUGUGGGACAGUGAGGACAACGUCUUCCUGCCUCUCAUCACAGAGCUCCUGUCAAUCAAGGUGACUGAGCUGAAGAGCUUGGCCAAUCACGUGGUGGUUGGCAGCGUGUCCUGUGAGACACUCGACCUGUUCUGUCCGCUGCCUCAGACGGUUGCCGUGGAUAUCAACGACUUGGGGACAGUAAAACUGAACCUAGAGGUCAACUGGAGUCCGUUUGAUAAAGAUGACCAGACCUCGACCUCCAGUACGGUUUCCAAGCGCUUUUUGUCCAAUCAGAGCCCUCCAGACACACCUUCCAUGCGCGAGCAGGUGUUUUAUAGCAUUUCUCCUCGGAGCAGGGCCAGACUGGGCCAACGUUGGUCAACAUUGGAAGUGUUCCGUGACACCUUGGCGGACAGGCUCUCUCCACCCAGCCGCGUCCACUCACAGUUGUCUCUAUUGAGGAGACCAGGGGAGCUGGAGAAUGGAACAGUCUGGUCAAACUCCUCUGAAUCAUCAGACGACUCUUCCAGCCCAGCCAUGGGACACACACACAGGAUGAUGGCCACUCACAGCCUGCAGACCACACCCACUGUCCAGAUCUCCUUCAACCCCCGCCAAUCAAGCGUCUCUACCCCAUCCCUCUCGUCCAAUCAUGAGGUAGGGGAGCCAGGCGCCACCAAGGGAUUUGGCGAAACAGACUCUGUGAAGUGUACACUGCUGAAUGGCCAUUUGAAGUGUUCUCGAUCCCUCAGCCAUAUCAGUGAGAGAGCCAUAGACUGUGCUUCGACGAACAGGUUGUCUGACCAAUCAGUUGAGUCCUCUGAAACGCCAGAGCCCCUACCCCGCUUGGACCUUGAAGUCUCCUGUAUGGCUUCUCACUGCUCUAACCAAGACAUGCAUGAAGUCUUGGACUUGCCUGAAUCUGGGGGCCCAGAGACAUGUGUUUCAACCCCAGUGGAUCAGGGUGAUGCUCCUCCGGCCUCAACACUACAGGCUGAGAAGCCUAGGGCUGGAGUAGAGCCUCUUCCCACAGACUGUGUACUGGGAGAGGGACUGAGGGAGGAAAAGUCCUCCACGGAACACAAUCACAGACUCCAAUCUACCCAGCCACAAGAGCUAACACUACCAGAAGAGACAGUGACUGGUCGAUCUCACAGUCGGUCCUCCAGCUUCACUCAGGAAGUUGAGACUGCCAUGGAGAGCUUUGAUUUUCUCAACUGCUCUGACCUUGAUGAUGAAGAAGAGGAGAAAGAACAAGAGGAAGAAGAUGAACAGGAGAGGGAUGAGAAGGAGAAGGGACAAGAGAAGGAAGACAAGACAAGAGACUCUGCUGAUAGCAGUGAUGAGUGUGAGGACGAUGUUAUAGAAAUCAUUGUCGAGGCCCCUGAAGGCUUCCGGAAUGAGGACUGUCCUCCUCUAGAUGCAGACUGCAGCUCUGAGGAGGAGGAGAGUAGCGAGCAGCUGCAGGCCUCCAGUGAGACAAGGGACGAGCAGGAGGAAGAAAAGGAGAAGGAGAAAGUGGAAGACAAGAAGGAGGAGGAGCAGGUUACAGAGAAGGACAUCCCUGCCAGGCAGGAACAUGGUGAUGAGGCAUCCUGUGAUGAGGAACCCUGCUCCACCCCCAGCAGUAUGGCCACCACUGUCCUUUAACAUAAUGGAGAUGCCACUUCCUCAGACCAUUAUCAGAUGCCAUCCUAAUCCCACCACUCUCCUAAGAGAUCCUUACCAUUUCACCACUAACAGAUCAAAGAGACCUGCUCCUCUUCUAGAUCAGACAAGCGAUUUCGGCCAUGUGGGUGGAGAUUGCGCAAAUGAACAGAAAUAUAUUUGCUUCCCUCUCUCCACUCGUGAAUGAAAACAUUAAUGACUAUUGUUGUCCACUCAUCCAAAGGCCACACGUACGCACACAGUCACCUUACAGUGAAGAUAGACAUCUUUAGUCUAAUGGAGUCUCUUCAAUCAGAAAGUGCCUUAAGUUAGAGAAAGGGGGAUUGUCAGUUAACAAAUACAUGAAGAAAAUGAACUUUUAUUACGAACCAGAGAAGAAUAUGAAUGAGUAUACAGAGUUUUGAUACAUUGUUUAUUUUUAGGAUGACUUACAGAUUGUGCACAAUAAAAUAUACAAUUAUUUACUGUUUCAUAUAAAUAAAUAAUGUUGAGCAAA